UAAUUAUAACCAGAAAGGAUUUGAUUGCAGAUAUGUAUAGAAAUGUAUCAAAAUCAUUGAUACAGAGAUUUAAAGAAAGAGAAGAAACUGUUAAAAGUGACAUAUUACAUGUGUACAUGACAUUGUUGAAACAAACAAAGUUGACUAGUAGUAAUACAACAGCUGAUAUGGCUGAUGAGGAUUCAGCUAUGUACCUUCUUCAAUCCCAAGUUCCUGCAAUUGUUAGAGCUAUACAUACUCAAAUGAAAGAGCGUAGUGUUAAAACUCGUACUGACUGUUUAGCUUUGUUGAAAGAACUUGUCAUUGUUCUACCCGGUGCUCUUACCAACCAUAUAGGAACUUUGAUCCCUGGAAUUCAAUAUUCUCUAAGUGACAAAAAGUCUAGCAGCAACAUGAAAAUUGAUACAUUAACAUUUAUUUAUUGCGUGUUGACAUCACAUGCUCCUGAAAUCUUUCAUCCUUGGGUAGAACAAUUAAUUCCACCCAUUAUAACUGCAGUUGGUGAUCCAUUUUAUAAAAUCACUGCAGAAGCACUAAUUGUUCUACAGGAAAUGGUCAAAGUCAUUCGUCCUUUAGAAAAUAAAUUAGAAUUCAAUUUUAUGGUAUACGCUGUACCGUUGUAUAAUUGCACAUACGCUCGUUUAAAAACAUCAGAUAUUGACCAAGAAGUAAAGGAACGCUCAAUUUCUUGUAUGGGACAAAUAAUAUGCAAUUUAGGUGAUGUUUUACAAGCUGAGUUGCAAGUGUGUUUACCUAUAUUCUUGGAUCGUUUGCGCAAUGAAAUUACUAGACUUACUACUGUUAAAGCACUCAUUAAAGUUGCUGGGUCACCAUUGAAAAUUGAUUUGACUUCUAUUCUGACUGACGGUGUAUUAAUUUUGGCAUCUUUCCUUCGAAAAAAUCAGAGAGCAUUGAAAUUGAGUACUUUAACUUUACUUAAUAUGUUGCUAAAUAAUUUUCAUGCCGAUUUUUCUGCUGAUUUACUAAAAAAGAUACUCGUUGAAUUACCACAGUUAAUUAAUGAAUCAGAUUUACAUAUUGCUCAGUUAACACUUUCUUUACUUACAACAAUAAUAAAAAUCCAACCGUUGGCUAUGUCAUAUUCUUCUAACAUAAUUAUGCCAGAAAUUAUGACUUUAACUAAAUCUCCGUUACUGCAAGGUGCUGCCUUGAAUGCUAUUUUAUUAUUCUUCCAAUCCUUGGUUGCUACAAAUGUUCCACAGUUUGGUUAUCAAGAGUUAGUAACACUUUUAAUAUCACCAUUGAUGGCUCAGCCAGUUGGUACUCCAGCUCUAACUUUACAUAAACAAGCUUACCAUUCAUUAGCCAAKUGUGUAGCAGCACUAACAGCCACACAGCCAACUCAAGCAAUGGGUAUUAUAAACAGUUUCAUGUCCGAAUUAAUUAAUCCAACAAACGACCAACAACAUAUUUUUUCGUUGCUAGUAAUUGGUGAAGUUGGAAGACACAUAGAUUUAAGUUCUGUAGUUAACUUGAAGGAAACUAUAUUGCAAUCAUUUUUGUCAAAUUCUGAAGAAAUAAAAUCAUCAGCAAGUUACAGCUUAGGUAGCAUUUCUAUUGGAAAUUUGGAACAAUAUUUGCCAUUCAUAUUAAGAGAGAUUGAUUUGCAACCUAAACGUCAAUAUUUAUUAUUACAUUCCUUAAAAGAGAUUAUCACAUUUGAGUCGUCUACACCUAAUGGUAUUGAAAACCUGAAACCUUUUGUCCCAGCUAUUUGGCAACAACUGUUUAAACACUGUGAAUGUACAGAAGAAGGUUCACGUAAUGUGGUUGCUGAAUGUUUAGGAAAACUUACAUUAAUAGAUCCAUACAAUUUAUUGCCAAACUUGCAAUCAUCACUAUCCUCUUCAUCUGCACUUAUGAGAACCACAUUAUUGACGGCUGUUAAAUUCACCAUAUCUGAUCAACCUCAACCAAUCGACAUGUUGCUUAGACAGAAUAUGGAUCAGUUUUUAAGUGCUCUUACUGAUCCAGAUAUAAAUGUUAGACGAGUAACAUUAAUUGCUUUUAAUUCAGCUGCACAUAAUAAGCCGUCGUUGGUCAGGGAUCUACUCGACACUGUUCUCCCUAAACUAUACGCUGAAACCAUUGUGAAGAAAGAACUCAUACGAGAAGUUGAAAUGGGUCCAUUUAAGCAUACUGUUGAUGAUGGGUUAGAUAUAAGAAAGGCAGCUUUUGAAUGUAUGUAUACACUGUUGGACUCAUGUUUAGACCGUUUAGAUAUAUUCGAAUAUCUUAAUUAUUUGGAGAAUGGACUUCGUGAUCAUUAUGACAUCAAAAUGCUCACAUACCUAAUGGUUUCAAGAAUGGCUCAAAUCGUACCAAGCGCUGUAUUACAAAGAUUGGAUAAAAUUGUUGAACCUUUAAAACAAACAUGUUUAUUAAAAAUUAAAGCAAACUCAGUGAAACAAGAGUUUGAAAAAAUGGAAGAACUUAAGAGAUCUGCUAUGCGAGCAGUUGUUCAUCUACAAACUAUACCCGAUUCUGAUAAAAAUCCACAUAUGAGUGACUUUGUAUGUCAAAUUAAAAACACACCAGAUUUAAGUGCUAUUUAUGAUACGAUUCAAAGAGACUCUUCAGGGUUGGUGUCCGAUAAUCAUAUUACACCUAUGGAAGUUGGCGAAUAAUUUCGAUAAAUAUUAGAAUAUUUAUAUCCUACUACAACAUUAAUUCAUUUGGUUUCUACUGAUAUGUUUUUACAAAAAGAAAUCAAAAACUUUGUAAAUAAUAAUUUGUAUGUGUAUAUGCAAGAUUUAAUUUAUACAUUU